UCUCUGCCUCCUUACUUCCACAUUACAUUACAAGUUUUGGGUCUUUUUGUUCUGUUCUUCCUCUUUCACUCAGCUUUUUCUUUCUGAUUUCACUGCUCAAAUGGCUAAUUCACAGAUGAAAUCCAUUGCCACUGUGCUUCUGUUGCUUAACUUCUGCAUGUAUGUUAUUAUUUUGGGCAUUGGAGGGUGGGCCAUGAACAGAGCAAUUGAUCAUGGCUUCAUCAUUGGUCCUGGGCUUAAACUUCCAGCACAUUUUUCACCAAUUUACUUCCCCAUAGGGAAUGCAGCCACUGGUUUCUUUGUGAUAUUUGCUUUGUUAGCUGCUGUGUUUGGAGCUGCCUCAGCAAUCUCAGGACUUAACCAUAUUCGGUCAUGGAGUGCUGAAAGCUUCGGUGCUGCAUCCUCUGCUGCUGUUUUUGCUUGGACUCUCACUCUCCUUGCCAUGGGCUUUGCUUGGAAAGAGAUUCAACUGGAUCUCAGAAACUCAAGACUGGUAACAAUGGAAGCCUUCUUCAUUAUUCUCUCAGCUACACAGCUUGUUUACAUUAUGACCAUCCAUGGUGCUGUGACCAAAAGAUGAGAGCUGAAUGCUUUAACAUUUGUUUGAUUCAUUGCCCAUUUUCAAUUGUCUUUGGUGUUGUUUUCUUUUGUUGUAAUUAACCAUCUCUGUAAACCUUGCAAACAUGCAAGGAGCUUAGUUUAGAAGAUUAUUCUUUUUGUGGUUUGUUGUGGUGAUUUUAUUUGUAUAAAUGUUGACAAUAAACUUGGUUUGAUGUUUGAUUUAAAA